UACAAACAAGCUGCUUACAAUCCAUGCGACUCAAAAUGCGAUUACAAUCCAAGUGGCCUGUUUCCUGACAGUUACAACAAAAAUGGUUUCAUCCAGUGUGGCUGUGACUAUAAGACUGAUCCAUACACCGGCAAGACCAAGCCUUGUAUAUGUUGCAAACCUUUCUAUUUGAAUUGCCCAUAUGGGACAGCUUUCGACGACUACACAAAGGUUUGUAGCAAAGCGGCCUAUGUGAAACACCAACAAAACUACGUAAAACCAGCCUACCCUCCCCCUACUUACAAGAAACCAGUUUAUAAACCAAAGAAACAAGUAUAUGUCGCUCCCACAUACGAAGAACCAGUCUAUGGUGUACCAUACAAACAACCUCGUCCAACUUACAAACGACCAGUCGCAGUUAAUCGAUAUCCAUAAUGAUUUAUGCUAGGCUUUAAAGAACUAUGGACGAAAGAGAACGCUGUAGACAAACACAUUGUAUUGUUAAUAAUCUGCAAUAAAUGGUAUUACUCUGCCUAAUUAAGAAUCAUUUUGUUGAAAGAUGUUCAAAAUUUGGUUGGACCAGUAGAGGUCAUGCUUAU